AUGUUUUUCUCCUAUAAUUUUUGUAUUAAGGAAUAAACUAUAAGAUCUACAUUAGUUUGUUUAGUAAUGGCAUAGAUCGUUGAAAUUGAACCUUAUUUGAUUUAGAGUAAUUUAUUUAAAUUGGAAUGUAUUAAGACAAUAUUUUAUUUCUUAACCUACUAAUAUGAUGUUAAUGUUCACCAAUAAUCCAAAUCCAAAUUAAGGAUUAAAAAUGGAUAAUUAUUAUCAGAAAAUGAAAGUGGUUUGUUUAUUGGAAAUAACAUAUUAAUAAAACCAGGAUAAUGGAUUUGCAAAUAAGACAAAGGAGAGGUAAAUUAAUAGUAGGAUUUUUUGGAUUGA